GGCGGAAAUGUGUUUUUUGGUUAUUAUAAGCCUUACAGAGUUUGAGAUUCAACUCGUGCAUUGUAACCUGGCUCCUCCAACUUAUUGAUGCUAAGUAAAGGAAUUGAUGUGAAAGAGUAAAUUCUUUCUUCUUGAAACAAAACGCAAAUCAAUCUUAAAGUUAUUUGGAACAAUGUCGACUUACAUCACCAUCAUCAUAUCUUAGAAAAUGUACAGUAAUAUUAUGGAAAAUCGAUUGGUCUUGAUAAGUAUUGCGCUGGUAACUUUAGCGUCGCUAACGGCCGGUUGUUCGUCGCGUACUCUACCAAAACCCCGACCGACAACGAGUAUACCGACAAGCACUAUGUCGACACCAAGGCCGAAUAUUACAUUUCCUAUAUUUAAUUGUCCGCCAACGUAUGCGGCCUGGUAUUGCUUAAAUGACGCGACUUGCUUCACAGUCGAGAUACACAAUGAAAUUUUAUAUAAUUGCGAAUGUGCGAAUGGCUUUAUGGGACCGCGUUGCGAAUAUAAAGAAAUCGACGGCAGCUAUUUACCGACACGUCAACGUGCAAUGCUUCAAAAAGCAAGCAUAGCAAGUGGUGCCACCUUGGCUUUACUCUUUAUGCUAAUACUUUGCCUAUCCUUAUAUAUAAGGCAUGAAAAUCAACAGAAAAUGAAACUGAACGAAAGUUCAAAUUUGUCACACGAAAAUCCCGGCCUCGAUGAAAUUGAUGGCAUAACGAAAAUAGCUGCAAUGCGCCCAUUCGGACCCCAUCAUUAUCAAAUUUUGCCAUUGGCCUCAGCAUUCAAGCGGUAAAAUCUUUAACGAUAACGAAGCACUUUGCAGUGUUAUAUGGAGCAGGCAGGCAGCUGUUACCUUAAGAUCAUUUUAUUUCAAAUAUAUUAUAUAUUUAUUUAAAAUAAGUAUUUUUUUUUUAACUUU